AUGACCGAACAGCUAAUUUUGCGCGGUACUCUGACCGGUCAUAGAGGUUGGGUGACACAAAUCGCAACCACUCCCUCUCAACCCGAUUUGUUGUUGUCCUCUUCGCGUGAUAAAACCUUGAUCGUCUGGGACCUACGCCGAGACUAUGGAGAUUGUGGUAUUGCUCAGAGAGCACUGCAUGGUCAUAACCAUUUUGUUAGUGACAUAGUUAUGUCUUCCGAUGGACAAUUCGCACUUUCCGGGUCGUGGGAUCACACUCUCCGACUGUGGGAUUUACAAACCGGUAAGACAACGCGGCGCUUCUCCGGGCAUACUGGUGAUGUGCUGAGUGUGGCUUUUAGUGCUGAUAAUCGGCAAAUUGUAAGUGGAUCGCGCGAUAAAACUGCCCGAUUAUGGAACACCCUUGGUCAUUGCAAGUUCACCUUUGAGGAAUCUGGCCACACUGACUGGGUCUCGUGUGUGCGCUUCUCACCGAACACCGAAAAUCCUAUCGUCGUGACUUGCGGUUGGGACAAGAAAGUGAAGGUCUGGAGUUUGACAAACUGCAACCUGCGGACCACACACGUGGGCCAUACGGGUUACCUGAACACAGUUACGGUUUCCCCGGAUGGAUCUUUGUGCGGAAGUGGUGGAAAAGAUGGUCAAGCCAUGCUUUGGGAUUUGACGAACCAGAAAUUCUUGUACACACUGAAUAGCGGUGGCAUUAUAAAUGCCUUAUGUUUCUCUCCCAACCGGUACUGGUUGUGCGCUGCGGUGGGUCCGAGCAUCAAAAUUUGGGAUUUGGAGAGUAAAGUUUUGGCUGACGAGCUGAAACCUGAAUUGGUAUCUGCGAUGACCGGUGGAAAGCAAGUAACACCUGAUUGUACUUGUCUCGCGUGGUCCGCCGACGGUCAAACGCUCUUCGCUGGCUAUACGGACAAUGUAAUCAGAGUGUGGCAGUUGACUUCUACUGGAUACUAA